AUGGCACCAGAGCCUCAGACCACCCGGCACACAAUGGAGAGCGCUCCUCAUUCCACUGACCCCCUACCCACCCCCGAGCCCGGCGGCGUGGAGGAGGGGGUGCGAGGGGCCGGGGACACCCCCCUCCUUACCUUGCAGCGAGAAGAGGGACAGGAAGAAGCCCAGCACCCAGACGCUGUGCAGCCAGUAGGUCCUCAUGUCUCCGCCGCGCUCCAAGCGAUGCUCCCCGCGCGCUCCGGCUCUGCCUCUUCGCUCGCGCUCCAGAAAUACCGCGCCGCUCCUUCCCUCUGUUUCCCCCGGGGUUCUCCCGGCUCUGGCAACCCGAACAGAGCAGGCUCCUGCCGCACGACGGCCGGACCCAGAAUGGCUUCGCUCUCCUCCGCAAGAGCGCAAGAGCGCAAGCCCGCAAGCCCGCGGCCGGACGGACGCUCGGAGCUGUGUGUAGUGUAA